AAAGUGUCAGGAACUAGAUAGUUUAAGAUGAGCAAUUGAAGGGACUAAGACCGUGAUCCACACAGAGCCUGGCUUCUUUGUGCUUCAUCACAAGGCGUGCUGCUGUCCGGGCUACUUAAGCACCCUUUUACCAAGUGAACUUCGUGGAGAUCCAGCUGGCAGACACAAGGAGUUCAGAAAACAGGACCACAGAGGUUACACUCUGGGAUCCUGGCCAUGAGGUUGAAUGCCUCACCUUACUGAAAAAAGACACUGGACCUAAAUGGCGCAGCAUGACUUUGUUCCUGCUUGGCUAAAUUUCUCAACACCACAGUCAGCUAAGACCCCUGCAGCUACCUUUGAAAAACACGGAGAGCACCUGUCCCGAGGUGAAGGUAGAUUUGGAGUUAGCCGGCGUCGACAUAAUUCAUCUGAUGGUUUUUUUAACAAUGGGCCCCUUCGAACUACAGGAGAUUCCUGGCACCAGCCCUCCCUGUUCCGCCAUGACUCUGUGGACUCUGGUGUCUCUAAGGGAGGAUCAUAUGCUGGAAUCACAGGAAGUCUGUCUGGAUGGCAUGGCUCUAACCGGGGUCAUGAUGGCAUGAGCCAGCGUAGCGGAGGUGGCACAGGGAAUCAUCGUCACUGGAAUGGCAGCUUCCACUCCCGGAAAGGCUCUGCCUUUCAAGAAAAAACACCAACAGAGAUUCGGGAAGAAAAGAAAGAAGACAAGGCAGAAAAAUUACAGUUUGAGGAGGAAGACUUUCCUUCUUUGAAUCCAGAAGCUGGCAAACAGAAUCAGCCAUGCAGACCUAUUGGGACCCCUUCUGGAGUGUGGGAAAACCCACCUAGUGCCAAGCAACCUUCUAAGAUGCUAGUCAUCAAAAAAGUUUCCAAAGAGGAUCCUGCUGCUGCCUUCUCUGCUGCAUUCACCUCAUCAGGAUCUCACCAUGCAAAUGGGAGCAAAUCAUCAACUAUGGUCCCAAGUGUCUACAAGAACCUAGUUCCUAAGCCCGCACCACCUCCUUCCAAGCCCAGUGCAUGGAAAACUAACAGAAUGGAACACAAAUCAGGAUCCCUUUCCAGUAGCCGAGAGUCUUCUUUUACCAGCCCAAUCUCUGUUACCAAACCAGUGGUACUGACUGGUGGCACAGUUCUAAGUUCUCCUAAAGAGAGUCCCUCCAGCAUCACUCCUCCAAUUGAGAUUACCUCCUCUCGUCUGACUAAGUUGACCCGCCGAACUACGGACAGGAAGAGUGAGUUCCUGAAGACUCUGAAGGAUGACCGGAAUGGAGAUUUCUCAGAGAGUAGAGAUGGUGACAAGCUGGAGGAUUUGGAGAAUAACAGUACACCUGAACCAAAGGAAAAUGGAGAGGAAAGCUGUCAUCAGAAUGGCCUUGCUCUCCCUGUAGAAGAGGAAAGGGAAGUCCUCUCACACUCUCUAGAAGCUGAGCACAGGUUAUUAAAAGCAAUGGGGUGGCAGGAAUAUCCCGAAAAUGAUGAGAAUUGCCUUCCCCUCACAGAGGAUGAACUCAAGGAGUUCCAAAUGAAGACAGAGCAGCUAAGAAGAAAUGGCUUUGGGAAGAAUGGCUUUUUACAGAGUCGCAAUUUCAGCCUGUUAUCGGCUUGGAGAAGCUCUUAUAAAACAGACUUUGAAGACUCCGACACAGAAACUAGUAGCAGUGAAACAUCAGAUGAUGAUGCCUGGAAAUAGGCAUAGAAAUGCUCAGUUAAAUCUGACCUGUAAGCUCCACUUGUGUUUUUAGGGAGUAUACAAAAGAAAUUGUUCUUUUCCUUUUCUUCUGUUGCUGUUAAUACUUCAUGCACAAGGGAAAUAAUCAGAUCCCAAAGAGAAAGCAA